UCAAUCUUAACUGUUGGUGACAUUUUUCUUCUGUGCUUUAACUGAAUGCAAUUAGUUAUGCUUUUGUACAUGUCGUUAUGCGUUAAGGAAAGUAUUUCAUAGUGACACUUUAUGCCGCAUACACAGGAAAUUAUUUCGCACAAACAUUGUUACACCAGUGAUUAUGAAUAAUACUUCCUUAUUGUUAAAGUGUGCAUGUUGAAGUAGAGAAUACGUUCAGAAGUGUUAUAAAAUAUUAAAAGCUAGUUGUUGUUAUAAUACAAAAUAUUUGUAUUGUACUUUCGUGUUUGUCUACGUUGGAAACGUUUGUUUUAUAAAAAAUAUUUAAAAAAACAAAACGAAACAUUUAAUAAAUAAAACGAAAAGGAAUUAAAUUUACUAAUUCAACAAACAGAAUACAACGACAUGUUACCUGUAAUGUGAUCUGUUUAUUUCUAAUGUUUUCAUCGCAUGAAAGCAAUUAUAUAUUUGUGAUGAAUAUAUGCAGCAAUUUCCUUCAAAACAUGCUAAACAUUUGUAAAUAAAGAAGGAUUUUAGGACAUAUUCGAUAAUAACAAGUGUUUCUUGUAUUCAGUUAAAUAUUCUGCUUUAGAAUUCAAUCAACGCCAUGAACCGCCAUGUGAUGAAAUCAUCGUGGUAAGGAAACAAGACAUGUAUAUAUUUAAUACCACGUUCACAGUACAUAAUCAAGUGAAUCAAAACGAAAAUAAAUCAACAAUCUAAAGAAUAUCUUAAAUACUUUCACAGCACACAGUUUUAAAUAUUGAAAUACUAAGGCGAACAAUGUUGGAUAGCUGUAUUUGAAUUAUUGUAUCGUAACUUUAAAACUUGUUCCUGUGUAUCCGGCUGGAUUUAUUCGUUUGCAGGCUCAAAAACUGCAAAGGCAGACACAUCUUAAUGGAAGCCAUCUUUAAUUGUUGAGGUUUAAGAAAAGGCGAUGAGCAAAUCUCGAAAACCUCAACAGAUAAUCUGAAGGCACAUUGAUCGCUUGAAUGCAGCUGUGUUUUACCAACAUGUGCAGCUGGCGACAAUUGCUGGUGUGGAUAGUUUGUGUGUGUUUCUGUAUGGGAGAGACAUCGAAGCUAGGCUACAUGGAGUACAAAUUCGCGAGACAGAGGGACCUUUUGGAGGAGAAAGAGAAGGAGCAUGCAAACAACAACAUUGUUCUAACAAACGACGAAAUUAUCGCUGACAAUUAUCUCGGCUUCCUCAAACGCCAAGAGCUCGAGCGAACCCGACACGAUUUUCCACCGUCCCGUCCUAUCGAACUGGUUCUCCCAACGAUUCGGGCGUCGAAAGUAUACACCGUGUUGAAGAAACUACCGAAAGGAGGAAAUAUGCACCUUCAUCAAGGUCACAUACUUGACAAGAAGGUUAUGCUUGAUAUCAUAUUCGGAAGCUACCUAAUAAACUAUUUAUGUGUUAAUACCAAGAACGGAUCUCACCAAUGGGAGCUUAACUUUUAUGACACUCCACCGAAAGGCUGGGUUCGAAUUUUGUCAAACACAACUCGCUAUAGUGAAGAAAACUUACUAAAACACGUCACCUUGCUUAAUGUCAUGGACCAGAGGGCAAAAUCGCGUCCGACGGACUCAGAGACACGCUGGAAAGAGAUGGGACCAAUGUUUUCAAUGGCGGGAAAUAACCUCGUAUAUUUUCAAGGAUAUGUACGCCAACACUUGCAGGCAAUGUUUAAAGCAGCUUUAGAUGAAAAUGUUCAGUAUCUGGAGGCCAGAUUAAGUGGCUACGGUCUGUAUGCCCUUAACGAUUCGUAUCCAGGUGGCCACCAGUAUUUGGACUUAGAUGACGAAGGAGAUACGUGGUUUACAACUGUUCGAGAGGAGCUUGCUAAAUUUAAGGCUGUGUAUCCAAAAUUCAUUGGCUACAGAGAUAUCGUCGUCGGAAAACGUUAUAAGAGUAGAGAGCGUGUAAUGCUUGACAUUGACCGUGCAAUAAAGUUAAGAAAGAAAUAUCCGGAUAUUGUGUCUGGAUUUGAUCUCAUCUCUGAAGAAGAUAAAGGAUUUUCCCUUCUUCAUUUCAUAGAUGAUUUUGCAAAGGGCGAGAAUCAGCAUAUACCUUUUUACUUUCACACCGCGGAAACAAGCUGGCCGGAUGACCUGCUGACCUCGAUCCAUCCUGAUGACGAGAUGUCUACCCUUGAAAAUGUAUAUGAGGCCAUAAUACUUAACUCAAAAAGAGUUGGACACGGGUUGGGAUUCAUAAAACACCCUUAUCUCAUGCAAGUAUUAAAAGAAAAACGAAUCGCCGUGGAAGCAAAUCCAGUAAGUAACAUGCUGCUAGGAUAUGUUCCAGAUCAGCGUCACCACCCAGCGAUAACCUUUAUUCGGUCUGGAAUACCAGUUGUUUUGGGAGCCGAUGACCCAGGGACAAUGGGCUACAAUGAGUUUACAGUAGACUGGUAUGAAGCAUUCAUGGCUUGGGGACUGAAUUUGAAGGACCUAAAACAACUCGCUAACAACUCAUUCACUUAUAGUUCAAUGGAUGAUGGCGAAAAAAUAAAUGCAUUUCAGAAAUGGCAAAUUGCAUGGGACUCUUUUAUUGCGGACAUUAAACAUGAGGCAUGUGACCUUAAAGUUAGUCAACCCACCCCGAAAGUCUUUAGGUUAUUUCCAAUUGAAGGCCCAAUCAAAAAUGUCACCAGCGUUCGGAUCUUUGGUAGAAAUUUCCAAAGAGCAAUCUGCAAGGACAUUGUCUGUCAGUUUGGGAAAACACACACAAAAGGUGAAUUUGUGCAUACAAGUAUGGUUAAAUGUCCGACCCCUGUUGUUCAUGGACACAGUCACAGCGUGGAUUUCAGGAUUUCAUUUGACUCGGGCAAAACAUUCCAGAGUGGAAACAACACAGUUCUGAAUUUUACAUUUUCUGAAACAAGUUACCAUGGGUUUGUAAAUCAGUUACCUAUGAUGGUCGUUAGGUAGGUAGAUAUUCGAACAUCUACAUUGACUUAUGUAUCUUAAACGCAGCAGUAAAUGAAGUUGUUCUAUACAAUUUGGUAUCAGUCUUUCUUGUUGACGUCGCGUGGACGUUAGUUUUGAAUAGCUUUCAAUGUUUAUCAUGGAGGGUCAAGUGAUCAAAAUGGACCAGCCAACAUUAUUAUUGUAAAAUAAACUAUAAAAUAUGUCUGAUAAAAAAAACUGUAUGAACCAUCAAUUGUAUAAUCUGAUUAAAGAAAAGAAGAAACAUUAAGAUGCAAAAAAACGUACCGGGUGUGUCUUAAUUUAUACCGUUAUUAAAAACAUAUGGGCACAUUUAUGGGUGUUUAAUAAUUUGUCCCCAAACUCGUAGGCUUCGAGUUUUAUUAUAGCUUGAGCUACCAGCCUUAGGACCCGAUUCAUCAAAGCUUAGAUAAAAAGUUUCUGAGGAUGUUUUGCUUAUUUAAAAUAAUCUGAUUCCUAAUAAAUAGGGAAACUUGAAAAAUCAUAAAAUAUAAUAAAAUAAAUGAUUAAAAGUGGUAACUGUACGGAGCCCAGCUUUGCAAUAAGCAUGGCCGUAUCGUUGUCUAAUUACCCUCUUUUUUCAAAUUAAUGUCGGCCUUCAAUUGAAUAUUUUAUAAAAUUUACUGUCUGAUUAUUUUGUUUAAAACAUAUCUAAACAAAUUACUUCUUAAUUAAAUUAUAUUUUUUUUGCAUUGAGAAAGACGCGUGAUAUGCAAAUUUCGUAUUGACGUUGACUAAAUUAGACUAUACUUUCGGUUUGUUUUUGCGAUAAAUGCACUUUUUUUGUUACACGUGGGGUUUAAAAACGUCAAAAAGGUUAGGGAAGUCAUUUUGAUAUACAUACAUGUCGAUGAGUUUUCAUUACUAAAAUAUACUGGGAUUGGACUUAAAACAUAUAGAAUAGUUGUGGUUAAAUGUAGAUAAAAAAAAUAAUAUCACAUCUACUUUUAUUUCUAUGCUGAAGCAGUGAAAACAUUUUGAAGUUCGUAUAUGAUUUCGGAAAGAUAUCAUUUUUUUCUUUAUAACUAAUUGAAAAUAUCUAAAAUUUACUUAGGAUGCUGCUGUAAUAAGUACUUCUUGCAUUUCUCUCAAUACAGAACAAUUUGUUUAUUAAGACCAUUGUAUUCUUGCUAAUUGUUGAGUAUACAAUCAUAUAAGAUUCAUUUUAAAUAUCAGAAAUGCUUAUUUUGAAAAUAAAUAAAAUUUAACUCGUUAAAAUGACUUUGAAUAAAUGUCUCAUAUAUGC